ACGAAAUCAUCAUCAUCAUCCCAAAAAGCCCCCGUUGGUGAAUCUAAGUGCUCAAAUGGAGGUAAGUAUGUCUCUCAACGCGUUAACUCGGCUUCCACUGAAGAACACGGGAAGACUCGAAGAGUUCGGUUUAGCUAGACAUUCACUGUUCACCUCGAGAACGCCAUGCCUGGAGAGGGCGCAGCGGAGGAAGGCUUUAGUGGUGGAGGCGAAGGGGAAGAAAGGUAUGGCGGCGCGUCAGUAUCAACGUACGCCUCCUCCUAUGCCUAAGAUUGAAGAUGACGGAAACCCUAGAUUCGUUAUCUUUAUUCGUAUGGCCAAUGUAUAUCUUUGGUAUCCACUAAGUAUAAUUGCUGGUGGUACAACUGCUAAGAUCAUGGUUGCUGCUAAAGAUAACCUCUUGGGGAAGUAUAUCUACAAAGACACCAUUGCAAGAAACAUAGCUGCUGUUAUUUACAGAGAUGAGAAGGAGAUACAAAAGACAGCAAUUAAGCAGCAUCGUGUCUUGCGGACUGCCACUGAGUUUCGAUAUGGCUACAAACUUGUUGAAAAUGGAAAUAUGAGAGCUGCACUGAGUACCUCAGAUGUUAUCGAGCUCCCAACCCAGGACCAGCUUAAAACAGUAUUCGACAAAGUGAAAGACUUUUUUGGGGAUGCAAAAGAGUCAUUCGGAAAGAUAUCAUCACUAAAUCCUGGGACAGAUGAAGAAACUGAAGGAAGCCCUGAUGACAAAGCCAAGUAAGUUUACAGUAUAAACAGGGUCCAAGGCUGAACGAUUGACACUUGGUGGGGUGAUUCCUAAUGUCUCUCUCAACCGUGUUGAUAUGGAUGCAGAAAUUCACUGGAUAGGACGAGAUGCCCACUAUUUUGUGCACAUUUUUUCUUUAUAUACCUCUCAGAGAAACAGUUCUCUUGUAACAUAUGAACUUAUUGUGUCUGUAGAUUUGUUGAAAGAAAGAGGUGUUUGGUUACAACUUUGCGAGUUCAUCGUUUCUUAGUCGUUGUUGAUAGUACUUAGAAAACUG